GACAUCUGUGCACUGUGAAACAUAGAAAUCCUGUUCAAUCAGGAACUUUGAUGCAAAAUGUCAUUCACUGAUGUGCUGGCCCUCUUUGGUGGAAUAACUGUUACUUUGUACCUGCUGAAAUUCACCUGGAGAUGUUGGUGUGGAUUCAAAGAGUUCAUCUUAUCAGAGUAUUGGCAAGUGGAUUUAAGGACAUAUGGAAAAUGGGCAGUUGUAACUGGUGCCACAUCUGGUAUUGGUAAAGCUUAUGCCUGUGAGCUGGCACAAAGAGGUCUGGAUGUUGUUUUGAUAGGCAGAUGUAAUGAUAAGCUCCGAAUGGUUGCCAAAGAGAUUGAGAGUAAGUAUGGAAGACGGACUCACACCAUCCAAGCGGACUUCACAGCUGGCUGCAGCAUCUACCCUGCUAUAGACAAGGACCUUCAAGGCCUCGAGAUAGGAAUUCUUGUUAACAAUGUGGGAAUGACCUGUUCUGAUCAUUUUGCCUAUUUUCUGGAAAUACCAGAAAUUGAGCAGACUAUCUCUCAGAUAAUCAAUUGUAACAUCCUGUCUGUCCCUCAGAUGACUAGACUGGUCCUUCCGGGCAUGGUGGAAAGAAGGACAGGGCUGAUAAUCAAUAUCUCAUCUGAAAUGGGUGCCCGUCCACAGCCUUUACUAGCCCUUUAUUCUGCCACCAAGGUGUUUGUGACAUAUUUCUCUCAGUGUCUGCACGCUGAGUACAAAUCAAAGGGAAUUAAUGUUCAGUGUGUGGCCCCCCUCAUGGUGUCCACCAACAUGACUCACAACAUGAAAGUCAGCUAUAUCGUAAAGAGCGCAUCAGCAUUUGUCCAUGAAGCUGUGAACACCGUGGGUCACUCUAGCUAUACCAGUGGCUGUCUGUCUCACACACUGCAGAGUGUGGCUCUCACAUUACUCUUGCCGGACUGGCUUCGUAUGUCAACAUUUCUUAUCAGAAGACUGUAUAAUCUUUCAAACAUAAGAAAAUUUGAAAGAAGAGGCUGUAAGGAAAAGGAGAGGCUCAGCACAAAGGAGGAGUAGUCAUGUUUUACUGAAGAUCAACAAAUAGCAUUUCUCAUUUGAUCCACUCUUGAAUGCAGUUUUAAUUAUCUUAAAAUGUAACAGUUACAAAAAUGAGAAGACAGUGCAUGUUUUGUACAGUGUAUUUAAUCCUGCCAAAUGUUUGGUUUGAAUUUACAUCUGCAAUGAACAGGACUCCUUUAAAGCUUUCCCAUUAAGCAGUCAAGUUGGGCAAGACAGUUUUCAGCAACAACAUAAAUUGCAGGGAUAUUUUAAUCACAUAGAGAAGACUUCUUCAUUCAAUAUUGUGUCAAAAUAUGACAAUUUGUUUUGGUUUCUCUGGCCCUGGUCUGAAAAAAAUGUACAGAGUGGAGUAUUACAUCGCCAUCAGUAUAAUUCUCUCUGGUAUAAUCUGAAUACUCUUAAGUACAAAAAUUUAAUCCACUGUUUUAUCUUAACACAAUUAUCAUCAUCUGGUGCCAUUCAUCACUGUGAGGUCAAAUGUGCAAAUUAGAUCCCUUUGUGUAAACAAAGUAGAAGGACAACGAACAGCAAAAAGAUAAUAUCGUUGUACAAGUGCAUAAAGAAGGUGGGAAGAAAAACUCUUUGGAUCAGAUGGUCUAGCAACCAACAGUGUAAAUAAAAGACAAAGCAAGGAAGAAAAAAAAAAGAGGCGGUAAAAAUUCAAGAGGUACACAUCAUUUUGCAUGGUUUGGCAUUCUCAUUAAAAACACUACGUCUUCAUCAUUUCAUUCCUGAAAAUAUAUGUAGACAUGUUUAUAUUUGGUGUCCCUAACAACUUAUGUUGUUCAAAAUAAAUUGUGUUCUCGUUCUAAAUAGUGUUUUGACACAUUUACUUUUCUCAGUAUGUUUCUGUGGCAGGCAGACUUAUAGCAAAUGCAAAAAAAAAAUAAA